UAUACCCCCAUGCGGUGUGGCUGCUACUCAUCCAUAAACAAACCACGCCAAUAGAGGCCUGACGGAAUCAUCAAUCUAUUUAAAUAGAACACUCCCGCCUGGUGAGAAAAAACAAAUUGUUUAUUACACUGCAACUGAGAGCAGUCGAUAGCUGCCUGUCUACGGCGAACCGAGGAGGUUCAAGAGUUUAUCUGUACCGACAAGUGCACAUCGGGAGAAGAGAGGCCGAUCGGCUGCUAGUGUUAUAAUCAUAUAUAGAAAGCCAAUCGAUCACCCAUCGAGCUGUUGAGCGUGUACAAGAUUUCCCUCCAUUCAGUAUGUGCAAAUCAGUGCUGGCGUUCUCAGAUGACAAUUUCGCACACUGCGAAUAACAAGUUUGUCCCAGAACCUCCUUGAGCUAGGCUAGAAAAUAAAAACAAAAACCGUUCUAGUGCUCCAAACAAUCGACAUUAGUUGUAUAGGCCAAAGAGCCUAUCUUUGCCCAGGAGGGAAGUAUUUUUUUAAUGUAGCGAAUCCUCAAAAGGCCCAACUCAACGGUCGGUCGUACUUUGUGCGUUCCACGUGAGGGCCUUCCAAAGAUCCGUUUUUCUCGGAAAUCUAUGGCGUGAGUUGUAUCUGAAGUUCCUCGUAAGCAAGUCGGUCGUCGGCGUCAGCCAGUAUGUACACUUCAGCCCGAACCGCAGCCAUCAGCAGUUCCAAUCGCUUGAAGAAUCCAAUUAGCAGAAGUGGCAGUUAUUCAUCUGAGUACGAUGUGGAAGCAGGAGAGCGAACCCCUCUUUUGGUUACAAAGAUCAAUUUCGAACCCGACCGUAACCGAGCACGGCAGCUGCAAACCGUUCAAACUACGGCUCUUCUCGGCAUACUGGCACUGAUUUUGUUCCUACUGCUGGGCGUUAUAAUAGCAGUUUACUUGCUGCUGAUGCAAGAUCAUUUUACAGUACCGAGCCCGUGGCCAGUAUCUCAUCCGUUCUAUCUGGUGGAACGCAAUGUAUGGUGGAAGCACCAGGUAGCUGAGCUGAGUCCUUUGGAUAAAUUUGCCACCCAGAAUGUGAUACUCCUGCACACGAGAAGUGCACCAUGCCGGGAUCAAGGCACAUGUAUCAAUCUGGUACAGAAGCUAGAGCACGAUGCGUGGACUGAGAAUGGGACUCACAUUCCGUACAACUUCUUGAUCGGUGGCGAUGGGAAAACGUACGAAGGACGAGGCUGGAAAUCGCAGCAUGGAUUUUACAAUCUUCCCGGACUGAACGACACUAUCGUAGUUGGUGUUAUUGGAACUUACAACGACCGACGACCCGACAACGUGAUGUACGCUGAAACGAAGGCACUGCUUACGGAAUCUAUACGAAGGUUCAGCUUAUCACCCAACUAUCGAUUGUAUGGCGUCAUUGAUAGCUCAAUACCGGGCAACGAUGCUGCGGCGCUUUAUGAAGAGGUUAAAGAGUGGAGGCACUGGAGAGGAUUCGUUACAGUUUAGUGACAUUUUUGUAGAUCAAUUUUACAUUUUUAUUCAAUCACUGACGUAGGCUUAGGUCCUCAAGUAUUAUGGGAACAAUGUGAAGGGCUC